AUGGCAUUCAAAGCUAUCCUUCUCUGCGCUUCUCUUCUGCUGGUCCAGACCAUCUCUGGCCAGAGUUGCGGCUGCUCACGCGGCAGCUCUAGGGGCUCCAUCGGUUACGGCAGCGGCAGCUAUGGGGGCUCCAGCAGCUCUGUCAGCGCCAACUCCAUCUCCAUCCCCAGCAGCGGCGGUGACCUCCCCGUCACCAGCGUCGGCCCCAUCUCCCCCUCCGGCAUCGCCGUCUCCACCGAGCUCGGCCUGAGCGGAGACUUGGACGUUAACGGGCAACUGCCGUUCCUGAGCGCCGUGCAGUUCUCUGGCAACUACGACACCAGCGGCUCGGCGUGCGUGGACUACAGCUGCGGCACCUGCGGGAACGUGGCCAUCACCAGCGUGCAGGGCGGCUCCGGCUCCAGCUGUGGCUGCCGUCGCUAAAGACCUUUAAUAACUUCUGGAAACUUUAAGUUAAUUUUCGUUAAUUGCCUUCUAGUUGUACAAACGACUUAACCGA